UUAUGUCUGACUUAAGGUAUAAUUUGGUAUAUUUAGAAAUAAAACUUGCGACCACACUGUUAUUGCAGUUGCUGUACAAUUCAGGAAAUAUGGCUGCUCUUUUCGACUCUGCGCAUACCGAAGGUCCUGGCUUUGUGGGCAUUCGUUUCUGUCAAGAAUGCAACAAUAUGUUGUAUCCCAAGGAGGACAAGGACAACAAAAUCCUAAUGUACGCAUGCCGCAAUUGUGACUACAAACAGGAGGCCGACUCAAAUUGCAUUUACGUCAACAAAAUUAUGCACGAAAUUGACGAACUGACUCACAUUGUGCCCGAUGUCAUCUCCGAUCCCACGCUGCCCCGCACCGAAGACCACGCUUGCCCCAAGUGCUCGCAUCGUGAGGCGGUAUUCUUCCAGGCGCAAACCCGGCGUGCUGAAGAGGAAAUGCGACUGUAUUAUGUGUGUACAAAUCAAAACUGCACUCAUCGUUGGACGGAGUAAAUUGCACAUCGUUGCGCAAUUCCAAAAUAUACUUAUUAAGCUUAUAUGUAUAUAAAGUUGUUAGCCAAGUAAUUUUGAUAGAUCGUUGGAGUUUUGACGUUGAUCAGUUAAAGCGUAAAGCGCUGACAUUCAAUUCCGAUUGCAGCCGCACAUACUUCGCAUUCAUUCACAUGCCAUUGUCAAGCAUAUGAUUUGUAUUCAUUGCAAGAUUCAUUAAAUAAUCGAUGCUCAUUUUUGUUUGAGCGAAGAUAGAAAUAGAGAGUGAGCAAGAGAGAGAUUUGCGAGCGCAUGCAAAUUUCUUAAAGCCCGUCAGCAGUGACAAAAUUCCAAUAUCUAUCAAACCAAACACAACACAGAAUGAAAAAAAAAAUAAAACAAUUAAUAAACAAG